UAACGUUUUUUUUCUUCAAUAUAACUGUUACUGAGUUUUGGGUUUUUCUGGGUUUUUUGGGGAAUAUGUAGAAAAAUGAAGAGUGAAGGUUUGAAUUUGGAAAUAUGGUUCAGCCCAGACCCCAACUAAUUCUUCAUCUGAAUGCUAAUAAAUUUAAAAAUUGCAGCUUUUUACUUGAACCUUAUUAUCUUUUGUGGUUUUUGCUUUCUGAAAAAAGGAUAGGAAGAAAUGUUGUUUAUGUUCUUCAAUUUACUGAAUCGUUGUUUAUAGGAACGUAAAAGUUCUGAGCUUUAGAUAGUUUUUGUAUUUCUGCUGGAUGUGUUGAAUAUUUUGCAGUAUUUUAGUAUUUAUUCAGAGGUCCAAAUACUGGGACAGCUCCUCUUUUGGCUCUAAGGGAUGAUUUUUUAUUUUUUAUUUUUUGAGUUAUACCUAAUUCUGAAGUAUGAUACUAUCUGUUUUCAGCUAAUCAUUAUAGGCUGAGUAAGCUGGUAAAGGUUUUGGCUGUAUGGUUUUCCUUUUAUCAAUGUAAUAUUUUCUUUUGAUGCUGAGAUGAUGUUGUUUGGCUGUGCUUUAUUGUUUUUUGGCAAGUUUAAUUUUAUGUAAGGGGUAUUGAUUGGCAGUUUAAGGAAACUAUUUUUGUUGUUUUUUUAUACAUAUGCCAGUUAAGGAAUUGCUCGGUGCAAGGAGCAGAUUAUGACUUUGGCAACGUGUUAUUGUGUUGUUUGUAUAUUCGUCAAUUAAUUGGAGUAGAGACACAGAUUAAAAGAAAAAGAAGUGGGAGUGAACGGGAAAAGUCUAGGUGUUGGAGGAAUCUUUUUCUUGAAGCAUCUUAAAUGGUUGACAUUUUGAUUUUGAUUGGUUAUCUUUGUGAUUUUAUUGACCUGUCAGGCCACUUUGGUUUGAUGUAAAAUGUUGUCAUAGCAAAAUAGUUUAUCAGAGUCAAUAUUCCUGUGUUUGGUUGACAAUAUGCAGAUAUGAAAAUGACCAAGUAACAAUUGUAUUAUGAACUAGAAAAGUGCAAGUGGUGAAUGAUCUAUGAUGGUAGUUUUCUUUUUGUAUGUUUACCUAUUAUCUUUUUUUAAAUAGUGAUAUACAUGGCCCCAUCUGUAGGAAUAUAACCCUAAUAGGCUCACCGGAAUUGUGAUAAUGCUAAAUGUCAUUUGCAGUUCAAUCCAAUAACAUGGAGUAUGUUCUUCAUUGCAAAUUGAAAUAGGUCAUUAGAUUAUUGAUGAAUUUCAUCAUCUUUUCAAAGUUGUAAGAAUUGCACUCGUGAAAGUUUGUAACCUUUUAAAAAAUUUUCAAAAAGAUUAGAUAAGAUAUUGAUAUGGAAGACCAAUGCUUUGAUCCAAAAAGAAUAAAAAAAGACAUUCGUUCUAUGAUUGAAGGAGCACGAACUUCACUCAACUUAGCUCCAUUUCUCUUUCCUUAUACAAAUUGAGCAUAUUGUAUCCACCUCUUUCCUUUAGUACAAUUGAGCAUAUUGGAUGUGACCUCUUGGAUUUGGGUGGAUUAUUUGUCUGUGGACUUAAAUCACUGUCCAAGUUCUCGGACAUUAUUGGCUAGACUGAAAGUAGCUCAAAUAUGCUCUAAGUUGUCUGACAUAGUCUGGUCAAAGUGAAGAAAGUUUUUUGUGAUUUUAAUAGUUGUCUUGACCAAAUGAGCAUGUUACAUGCAGAUUGGAUGCAUAAGUGAAUAUACACUUUGAACGGGAUGGAUGAGGCGGUUGAUGAUGAUGCAACAGGAGUUACUGCUGCUGAUGGUAUGCACGUUAUACAUAAACAACGUGAAUACUCCUUAAAGCCCAGUAACUCCAGUCUUUUAGAAUCACAUGAGAGUGAUCAGAAUGAGGGCUCGUCUCAUUUGUUUACAGAUAUUUUGGAUGGGAAAAAUUUGGAUAGAAUGGGUUCUUCAGAACAAGCAAGUGUGAGUCCUCACUGUAUGAAUAAUUCUGGAAUUAUGGUUGAAGAAUUGACGUUCACAAAUUAUAGUGGUGAAAAUCUUGCUAUAGUGGGUACCUCUGACAAUAGAGAUCGAGUGCAGAGCUGGAAGAAGCAUUUGCAUCAGAAGGCGACUGGAUCAGGAAGUGCAGGCUCAAAUGGAGAUGCUGCAAAUAGAGACAGGAAUUGGGAAGCAAAAAGUGUCUGGGAGGAUACUGGGCAUUUAUUCUAUUCAGGGUUUUUGGAUCAAAAUCAGAAGCCUUCUGGUGAAAAUUAUCAAGAACUCUUGGAUAAUUUUCCAGGUAAUGACAAUAAAAGUAUGUUAAGUAAUGCAUUCUCCUCAGGAGUUACCCGAACAAAAAUUGUAUCCAAGUCUGGGUAUUCUGAAUAUUUUAUAAAGAAUACAUUGAAGGGCAAGGGAAUAAUAUACAAAGGUCCUUUAGACAGAGGAUUUGGUGAUGAGUCAGGGAACCAGAGUUAUUCAAGGUCUACCAGUACUGGGAUUCUGAGUUCAAAUACCCCAUUGAGUUCGACUCGAGAUGUUGUUAUGCCUAUCAGCAAUGUCUUUCCUGAAGUUUGGUCUAGUAUUUCUACCUUUCCUAACCCUGAUGGGGUCCUUUUGAGAGAGUGGCUUAGAGCUGGCCAGAAUAAGGCAAAUAAAAUGGAGAACUUGCGCAUAUUUAGACAAAUUGUCAAACUGGUGGAUUUUUCGCACUCUCAAGGAAUUGCUUUGAAAGAGUUGCGCCCAUCUUACUUCAAGUUGUUGCCAUCAAACAGAGUUAUUUAUCUGGGAUCAUCUGUUCAUCUUUCAGACAAUGUCUUGGAUCAUGAUGUUCCCCGGUCUGAGCAUGAUCAAAUUGGCAAGAGGCCACUCAAAAAGAACUUGCUACCCUUUGACCAUCAUUUUGCAAAGAAGCAAAAGUUUGGUGAUAAUAUGCUACAUUCUGGAAGGUUGCCUCACUCUUCAUCCAGUUUUGACUUCAAAACUGCAUCUGUUGAUAUUAGCAGAGUGGAUAGUUUCUUGGGGCCUAAUUCUGGGAGUGGGUCUAGUGAAAAUCAAAAUAUCAAGGUGGACUUUAAGUCUCAGAGCAGAUCCAGUGUUCCACAAGCACCUGAUAUGUCACCACCAAUCUUAACUUCAGUAAAUUUUAUGUCGGAAGAGAAAUGGUAUUCCAGUCCUGAGCAGCACACUGAGAGGCGUUUGGCAUUUUCAUCGAACAUUUACUCUUUGGGAGUUCUUCUAUUUGAGCUACUCAGUUCUUUUGACUCUAGAAGAUCUCAUGAAGCAGCAAUGCUGGAUCUACGUCACAGGAUUCUUCCUCCAGAGUUCCUGUCAGAGAAUCCCAAGGAAGCUGGAUUUUGCCUUUGGCUGCUUCAUCCUGAAUCAUCGUCACGUCCGACUGCCAGGGAAAUUCUGCAAUUUGAAGUUAUAUGCAGCAUUCAGGAAUUAGCUGGAGAUGAAUUGGUAUCAUCUAUUGAGGAAGAGGAUGCUGAAUCUGAAUUGCUGUUGCAUUUUCUCUUGUCACUUAAAGAGAAAAAACAAAGAGAUGCUUCAAACUUAGUAGAGGAAAUUAGGUUCAUAGAAGCAGAUGUUCAAGAGGUUGAGAAAAGGCAAACUAGAGAAUUACCAGCUUGUACCUCCUUAGCUGAGGAGUCCCUUGCUACAAAGAGAAACAGAUUGCUUAGGAGGGGGCAUGUAAGUUCAGAUUUUCGUCCUAGGUUGCCUCUUUUAUGUGAUGAGAAGAUGACAAAGAAUAUCAGGCAGCUUGAAAGUGCUUAUUUUUCAAUGAGAUCUAAUAUUCAGCUUCCUCGAAAGGAUAUGACUACACGUGGUGACAAAGGAUUGUUAAGAAUUCGAGAGAACUGGUCGUUAGGGAAGGACAGAGGGAUAUGUAAAACCACUGAUUGCCUUGGGGGAUUCUUUACCGAUUUGUGCAAGUAUGCUUGCUAUAGUAAUUUUAAAGUGCGAGGGGUUUUGAGGAAUGGAGAUAUGGCUAAUUCAGCAAAUGUAAUAUGCUCCUUGAGUUUUGACCGGGAUGAGGACUAUCUGGCUGCUGGUGGAGUCUCAAAGAAAAUUAAGAUAUUUGAUUUCCAUGCACUUUUUGACGAUUCUGUUGACAUUCAUUAUCCAGUAGUUGAGAUGUCAAACAAAUCGAAGCUCAGCUGCAUUUGCUGGAAUAGCUAUAUAAGGAACUAUCUUGCCUCUACUGACUAUGAUGGGGCAGUCAAGUUAUGGGAUGCAGCAACUGGUCAGGGAUUUUCUGAAUUUGUUGAGCAUGACGAAAGGGCUUGGUCUGUUGACUUUUCUCGGCUGGAUCCGACAAAAUUUGCCAGCGGAAGUGAUGAUCAUUUGGUGAAACUUUGGAGCAUUAAUGAGAGAAACAGUUUGUGCACAAUCAGGAAUAAUGCCAAUGUCUGCUCUGUUCAGUUUUCAGCUCAGUCAACAUACUUGCUGGCUUUUAGCACUGCUGAUUACAAGACAUAUUGUUAUGAUCUUCGAAAUAUUUCGACACCUUGGUGUAUAUUGGCUGGUCAUGAGAAAGCUGUUAGCUAUGCCAAAUUUCUGGACAAUGAAACACUAGUUUCUGCAUCCACGGACAAUACAUUGAAGAUUUGGGAUUUGAAUAAAACCAAUUCUAACGGUUUGUCAAGGGAUGCUUGUGUAUUAACCCUACGAGGACAUACUAAUGAGAAGAACUUUGUGGGUUUAUCUGUUGCUGAUGGAUACAUCACAUGUGGUUCCGAGACAAAUGAGGUCUUUGCUUAUUACCGAUCUCUGCCUAUGCCAAUCACUUCCCUCAAAUUUGGCUCCAUUGAUCCCAUUUCUGGCAAAGAGACUGAUGAUGAUAAUGAACAGUUCGUUUCAAGUGUCUGUUGGAGACGAAAAUCAAACAUGGUCAUUGCAGCAAACUCCAGCGGCUGUAUAAAGUUGUUAGAAUUGGUAUAGAAGAAAGGUCAUGCAUAUAAAAAAGGUGAAUAUUGCAGUUGUUAAGGUGUCCCAGCUUUAUUCUCUUUCUUGACAAUCCUUUAUUGGUGAUUUCCUUUCUUUUAAUGCUGGAGGUCUGCAUCGUGAAGGCAGUCAAAGAACACAUUUCGGGGUUUUGGUCUUGGAGGGGGGAGUUUUGUUUCACUGUGAUCUCUGGUUCAAACUUUUGGCCUUGAAAAUCCGGUCUUAAUCUAAACCAGUGCAUAGAACAGCCAAGGAUGGAAGUUUGACUAGGCAACUAGAGACUACUCGAUUGAAGAUCAUCUCCAUGCCAGAGGAAACCAAGAAUUUUGGUUUGCAUUUCAGCCGCAUGACAAGAAGCAAGAUGGCUUUUUACUGGAGAAUGUCAGGAAAAAGUAACAACUGCAGCUGUGACAAAUGUGUUUGCCUGAAAGUGUGAAAGUGCCAACCAAGGGAAUGAAUCAAUUUUUGCCACAGCUAGAAGAUGACGGUUAUUGCAGUCCUCCAGAGAUUGCUCAACAGACUUAUCUGUGAUUGGGAGGAGGGUUCAUACUAUAGAAUAAUUGCCAAGAUGUUUAUGGUAGCAAGGCAAUAUGUUAGUUUCCAUUGAUCUUCUAGGUUUAAAGAAAUAUAUUCUCUCUAAAAGCUUUUCCUUUUAGCACUGCUGAUACUUGAGUGUUGGCACUGUGUAUAUCAAAUUAAUUUUUUUAUGUAUAUACAGAAACCUGUUUCAUAUUAGAUGAAUGGGUCUAUGAUAUUUUUGACUUUGGAUACA